AUGAAAGGAUCAGACGGAGGUGUGGAGGUCGUCCGGGGGGUGAGCAGUGAUCUGGACGUGAUGUCGUGUGACAGGGCAUCAUCCAACCCUAUCAUAACACACGUGCACGCGGCCACGAGCACGCACAUGCCAUCUGUGCAGACCAGCAACAACACAGCCCCCCCAAACUCGCCCCCCAUGCCUCCUCACACGCUCCCCCAUGUGAUCCAGUGGUGUCCCAGAGCACGCCGCUACUUAACCUCCUAA